AAGACGCAUCAGUCAAACAUUUCAUUUCAUAUUGUGGGCCUGCGGCUCCUCCAGAAUUGGGACGCAUAUUAAUUGUGAAAAUAAUUUGUUUAAACAACAUACGCCGUGAUGGGCAAUAAAUCGUCGCUUUUCCUACGUUCCGAGGAAAUUGCUCAAAUACAGGAUGAAACGGGCUUUACGCCCAAUCAAAUCGAGCGGCUGUAUUCACGCUUCACUUCGCUGGACCGCAAUGAUUGUGGAACGCUCUCGCGUGAGGAUCUGAUGCGGAUCCCCGAGCUAGCCAUCAAUCCGCUGUGCGAGCGCAUUGUACACUCCUUUUUCGCCGAGAGCACCGACGAUCGUGUCAAUUUCAGGCAGUUCAUGAAUGUGCUCGCUCACUUCCGGCCGCUGCGCGACAAUAAGCAGAGCAAGCUGAAUAGUCGCGAGGAGAAGCUGAAGUUUGCCUUCAAGAUGUACGACCUAGAUGAUGAUGGCGUUAUCAGUCGAGACGAGCUGCUGUCUAUUCUGCACAUGAUGGUGGGCGCCAACAUAAGCCAGGAUCAGCUGAUAAGCAUUGCCGAGCGCACCAUUUUGGAGGCGGAUCUGUGCUGUCAAGGAAAAAUAUCCUUUGAAGACUUUUGCAAGGCGCUGGAUCGCACCGAUGUGGACACAAAGAUGUCCAUACGGUUUCUUAAUUGAGAACUACUGGCUGUGUUGUUUUUUUCUUGCUCCGGAGCAAACCAUAUUUUAGUCAAAAGGUGUGCCAAAUAGUCUAGGCCGAUUGUGUGACAUAUAAGGAUGAAAGGGCAGAUGCAGUAGCCAGAGGCAGGCAUUAUAAAUACAUACAUACAAAUGUAUGCAGAAUUUGUAUUUAGUAUUAACCAAGCACAGUUUUUUGUUGUUUGCUUUUAACGCUAGCUUUAACGAGCACUUUUCAUUGUGCUUUCUUCUAUAUGUUUAUGAAUAGCCCAGGUUCAUUCCGCAUAAAGUAAACAAAAACAAAUUGUAAAGGCAUUUGUGUAUGGCAUACAUAAUUAAUUAUUUUACUAUAAAUCCAUUUUUAGUUGCUUCAGUUAAACAAAUAAAUAAAAGGAAGGCGUGUAAGCUGUUGAAAAUA